GAGUAUUCAAUCUGUGUUACUCACUCCUGGGAGCCUGCCUUCUCACUCCAGGACUGCAAAAGAAGCAAUCACCAAAAUGAAGACAGUUUUAAUUUUGCUCAGCAUUUUGGGAAUGGCCUGUGCUCUUUCCAUGAAAAAUUUGCAUCGAAGAGCCAAAUUAGAGGAUUCUGAAGAAAAUGGGGUAUUUAAGUACAGGCCCCGAUACUAUCUUUAUAAGCAUGCCUACUUUUAUCCUGCUCUAAAACGAUUUGCAGUUCAAAGCAGUAGUGACUCAUCUGAAGAAAAUGGAAAUGGUGAUAGCUCAGAAGAGGAGGAGGAAGAAGAGGAGACUUCAAAUGAAGAAGGAAACAAUGGAGGGAAUGAAGAUUCUGAUGAAAAUGAAGACGAAGAAUCAGAGGCUGAGAACAGCACCCUUUCCACUACCACACUUGGCUAUGGAGAGGAGAUUACACCUGGAACUGGACACAUAGGUCUAGCUGCCAUCCGGCUUCCCAAGAAGGCUGGGGCUACAGGAAAGAAGGCUACAAAAGAGGAUGAGAGUGAUGAAGAAGAAGAGGAAGAAGAAGAGGAAGAAAAUGAGGCAGAAGUGGAUGAUAAUGAGCAAGGCAUAAAUGGCACCAGCAGCAACAGUACAGAGGCAGACAAUGGCCAUGGCAGCAGUGGUGGGGAUAACGGAGAGGAAGAAGGCGAAGAAGAAAGUACGGAAGGAAUCACAGUGGCUGGAGAGACCACUGCUUCUCCAAAUGGCGGGUUUAAAUCUACAACCCCACCCCAGGAGGUCUAUGGGACCACCCCACCACCGUUUGGGAAAACCACCACCCCUGGGGAGUAUGAACAAACAGGCACCAAUGAGUAUGACAAUGGGUAUGAAAUCUAUGAAAGUGAGAAUGGAGAUCCUCGUGGGGACAGUUAUCGAGCCUAUGAGGAUGAGUACAGCUACUAUAAAGGGCGUGGCUAUGACAGCUAUGAUGGUCAAGAUUACUACAGCCACCAGUGAAGGCCCAGACUGGGAUGAGUUCACCCCUUCUGGGAUUUUGCGUGGCUACCGUUUUCAAAGUUCAACUCAGGAAGGUGCAAUAUAACAAAUGUGCAUUUUAUAAUAUGGAAUGGUGCUACUGUUCCAAAGUGGUUUUCUAUAAUUGUUUCUGCAAGUAAUGAGCUUCUUAUUGCUUUUCCCUACUAUGUUAUUGAAAGGUCGUAAAUCAGGGCCAUUCAUCAAGUGGUAAACCAAUGCAUGAGACAAUGUGUGAUUGAGUAUUUUGAGGUUGUAGUCCUAUAAAUAGUAAUUUUAAUGUGUUUCCACUAACUGCUAAAACAUAUUCUGUGCAAGAGCUGCUUCUUAGAAGAGAUUAGAUUCACUAACAUUAGUGACACUGUAUACAAUAAAUGUGCAGUUCUUUAAUCACACUAUCUGUCACUGUAUAUUAGGUUUAAUUAUCACUGUCAUGUAUUUUUAUGUGACCUGUAUGUAUAUUGUAUCUAUGGAUUUUAUCACAAAUAAAAAUG